AUGCUGGCGCGCUGCAUGUUACAAAUGGCAUGGCAUUUUGCCAUGCUGCACAGCGCCUGGUCGUACAAGCUGGCAAACCUUCCCCUCCCGGUGGAAGUGGACGUUUCCGAACCGACUCUCGCUUCUGGUUCUGUGGGUCGUGACCGGCCUGUGACGCCUGUGACGCGGGUUGUGUUCAUGAAGCUGCACUCUGUUGGCUCCGGCACGUUGGCAACGAUCCUCUUCCACUAUGCGGACAAUCACAAUCUAACGUCUGCAGCACCAGGGAAGUAUUACCCGUCUCAUGAGUUGUACCAUUCCACGGUCGGCCCAGAUGUCCUCAGCAGGAUGGCGAGUGAGCACCCUGGCUCCAUCAACAUUUGGCCAAUUCAUGCAGUCAUGGAUGAUGCAUUGGACCUCCUUGUGCCUGGGAACGUGAAGAUUGCAUUUUUCCGCAACCCCUUGGAUCGCGUGAUGUCCAGCAUGAAGCACUUCUUGACCUUCCCGAAGCAGGUGAGCAUUGACAACACUUCCGCAGGGUACCGACAGCUGCUGAACAACCAGGCGCCCACUGCAUGGUGCGGAAAGGCCAACCCAGAAGCACUGGACAAGUGCUGCGGACCGAUGGCCGGGCAGCCGAUGACAGAGCAGUUGCCGCUAAGUCAAUUUCACAAGCUUGACUACGUCAUGCUUCAAGAGCACUAUGACCGGUCGCUUUUGAUGUUGCGUCGACGCUUGGGUUGGAGCCUUGCUGAUGUCCUCUACCUGAGUACUCACGUGAACCACAUGCACAAUCGACGCCCGGAGGAGCAGCAGCUGCUUGACGACAUUGCUGCAUACCUUAAAUCGGGCAGCCGCACGCCGUGGGGAGAGCGAUUCGUCAGCAACUGCAUCAAGGGGCAGGAGGAAGAGAUCUACACUGCAGCCACGAAAAAAUUCCAAACUCAGUGGGAGGCAUUCUCGCUUGCAGAGCAGCAGGAGAUGCGCGAAGAACUUCGCUGCUUUCAAAACGCCUUAAGAACCCUGUCCAGCUGCUGUACGCGGCAGGAGGAUGUUUUCUGUGAAAUGAUGAAGGAGACAUCCGAGGAGUGGUAUACGAGGCAUGGGGAUGUCUUCGUCCAGCCGCCUAUGCCCUACCCCGGUUUGCAGGGAAGCAGCUUGUGCCGAGAUGAGGCCAUGUCCGCACUGCGCUGCAGGUCGCACUGA